GAAGACACCGCCGCUUCCACAGCGAAGGGAGCUGCUCCGGGCACGUCGCGGAGGGAGUCCCAUUUCUUCUGACUCGGCAGGAGCCCGGGACGUUCUGGAAGGAGGGACAAGCCGAGGCAGGAGGGGCCGGGCCGACGCGGGAGAAGGCCCGUUACCCAGCAAUACGCGCGCGAGACCCAGGCCCGCCGUCGGGACCAGCACGGGCCGGAGGGAGGGGAAGCACUCCGGGAAGUGAUUGGAAGUGUGGAUCAGCUCUCAGCCGGAAAAGGGGCUGCCGCUGUCCGCGGGCUCGGCGCCAGGGCCGCGCGAGGAAACCGGAAGUCAGGCCCGAGGGAGCUGGGAGGGCGUUAGCGAAGCCAGGUUCGGUCGUGGGGGUGGGGAAGUGCAGGAGUGGCGCGCGGCGUACUACAUGUCCCGUGAGCCUCCGCGGCGGGACGGGGCGGGGCCGCGGGACGCCAGGAGGCGGAGGCGGAGUGGAGUUAGAUGAGGACUUUGUCUAUAUCUGAGCUGUGAAGAAUAUUUACAGUAAAAAGAAACAAUUAAAUGCCUUAAUGGAUAAAGAAAAAUUGGAUGGAAAGAUUGAAUAUUGUAACUAUGCAAUGGAUUCCUCAGUGGAAAACAUGUAUGUAAACAAAGUGUGGGUUCAAUGUGAGAAUGAAAAUUGUUUGAAAUGGAGAUUGUUAUCAAGUGAGGAUGCAGCCAAGGUUGAUCAUGAUGAACCAUGGUACUGCUUCAUGAACACUGAUUCAAGAUAUAAUAACUGCUCAAUUUCUGAAGAAGACUUCCCUGAAGAGUCUCAGCUUCAUCAGUGUGGAUUUAAGAUUGUCUAUUCACAGCUCCCUCUUGGAAGCCUGGUUUUGGUAAAAUUACAGAAUUGGCCAAGUUGGCCAGGAAUACUUUGCCCUGACCGUUUUAAAGGGAAAUAUGUAACUUAUGACCCAGAUGGAAAUGUUGAAGAGUAUCACAUAGAAUUCCUGGGCGAUCCCCAUUCAAGAUCAUGGAUAAAGGCAACAUUUGUUGGACAUUAUAGUAUCACAUUAAAGCCAGAAAAGUGUAAGAAUAAAAAGAAGUGGUAUAAAAGUGCACUACAAGAAGCAUGUCUAUUCUAUGGAUAUUCUCAUGAGCAAAGACUGGAAAUGUGCUGCCUAUCAAAACAACAAGAUAAAUCCGAAACACAUGACAAAGUUGCUGCACUGGUCAAGAAAAGGAAGCAGACUUCUAAAAAUAAUAUGGAAAAGAAGAAGCCCGAAUUUAGAAAAAGGAAAAGGAAAGCAAUUUUAAAAUGCUCUUUUGAAAAUGUUUGUUCUGAUGAUGCCUUAUCAAAGGAGAACAUGGUUGUCUAUGAGACGGAAGUUUUACUAAAAGAGCUGGAGCAAAUGCUGCAGCAAGCACUGCAACCCACAGCCACACCUGAUGAAUCAGAAGAAGGACAUGGAGAGGAAAUAAAUAUGGGAGAAAAGUUAUCUAAAUGCAGCCCAGAAGCUCCUGCAGGCAGUCUGUUUGAAAACCACUAUGAAGAGGACUAUCUUGUAAUUGAUGGGAUAAAAUUAAAAGCUGGAGAAUGUAUUGAGGAUAUAACUAAUAAGUUUAAAGAAAUAGAUGCUUUGAUGUCUGAGUUUUAGAACAUUAUACAUUUUUCAAAUUAAGUAUAAAAAUAUUGGCAUCUUUAUAUUUAUCCAAAGUUAAAACUUUAAAAAUGUUUAGUGAAAUAGGUAUAAAUUAUACCAAAGUUUAUAUUUGCGGUAACUUUCUGCUUCAUAUUUUGAGAAUGGCCAUGAUUUUUAGAGCCAGUCAAAUGGUAUUUAAGUUAGUGUUAAAAAUUUAGAAUUAAAAAACCCUGAUAUUUGUAUUUAUAUAUUUCUUGUUUGCCUUAAUUUUUAAAUGGUUUGUGAAAUUUGCCUAACGAACAUAUGCUUUACAAUGAUUGUUUAGGCCCUUUGUUCAAAAAUGGAUAACUUAAAAUGGCUGGCCAAGCUAUUAUAAUUCUCAGAGGUAAUUCAAAUCUAAUAAACUUAGAGAAUGUAUAUUUGCAGUGGAAUCAAACUAUUACAAAAUAUAAGGAAAUAAUUUUUUAAAUAAUUGUUUAAUAGAGUUGAAACUUUUCCUAAAAAGCAAAAUUUCACUUGCUACUUAUACUGGAAUCAGUUAUUUCAACCAUGGUACCCAAAACUGACUGCUUAAUAGAGUCUCUGGGAGAUUUUGGAAGAUCAAAAUCCUGGACCCUUCCCUGCUGAAUCAGUGUCUUUGGAGGUAUCAUCAGGAAGAUGGAAAAAUGUAAUUUAAAGUGUAUAGAGAGAAGUUAAAAAUAUUGAUUAUAAGAAAUCUAACAAUAUAGAAAGUAAAAACGCAUCAUUUUUCAGGGAUUCUCAUGAACAGUUUUAGUAGAUAUCCUUCUAGAUCUUGCUUUACAUACACUGAAAUGUGUGGGCAUUCACACCUAUCUUUAGUUCCUGCUCUAUCUCUUUCUGGUGGUACGGGGUGGGGAAAAGGGCAUUCCAAGCACAUAAAAACCAAAGCUUGAGGAGAGAAGAAGUGCAAGAGAGCAUCACCACAGCGGUGAAUUUUGUUGUGAGUUGCCUCAUAUUGCUUUAACAAGGAGGCAGCACAUGUCUAGAUAUUAAAAACAAAUAAGACACCAAACAACCAACGUAUCACUCAUUGAGUGGGUUGCUUCUUUUAAGUAUUUUUAGAUACUAUGAUAAUUACGUAGAGUGGAGAGUGGAGAUAGACUCACAACGGUGAAAUAUCUUAUUUGUCAAAGUAAAGUAUGUAUGUAUUUCUGUCCUCCUUGUUUUCCUCAUGUAUUCCUUAGCAUUCUGAUAUUGUGUCGUAGGAUGUUGAGUUGUAAAGCCUAUCUGGGUUCAUAUUUUACAUACUAGCUUGUCUUAAGUCAUAUAACCAGUAAAUAGAAGGCCUGGAAGUUGAGUACAUUUCUGUCAGGUUCCAGAUCCCAUGCCAUUGAUUAUCAUCUAUAAUGUCUUGAUGAAGCUUUUAACUAUCUGGGUGGUGGAAUGAUAAUCUAGUUUCCUCAUAUGUAAAAUGGGGAUGGAACUAUGUAAACCAAGCACUGUUGUGAGGAAUAAAUGAGAUAUUUUUUGUGAAA